AUGCUUCGUAUGACCAACGACUUCAAGGACGCUGACAUCGUGAGGUCGCGAGACCCUGCCAAGUUGGCUCCUUUGGAUAUCGUUGUCGACGUCGGAGGUGUCUACGACCCUGCCACCAACCGAUACGACCACCACCAACGUGGCUUCAGCGAGGUCUUUGGUCACGGCGGAUUCGACAAGAUCAAGCUCAGCUCAGCAGGCUUGGUGUACAAACAUUUCGGAAAAGAGGUGAUUGCCAACAGGCUCGGCGUGCCCGUUGAGGACGAGAAUGUGGAGAUUCUUUGGUUGCAACUGUACUCUGAAUUAAUCGAGUCUGUGGAUGGCAUCGACAACGGUGUCAACAUUGCCUCCGGCCCUCUUGCCUACACUCAAAGGACCGACCUCUCAUCCCGAAUCAAGCGGAUCAACCCCGAGUGGUACGAGUCUGUGAACGAUGAGGAGUACGACAGACGUUUCGAGAUUGCCUCCAAGAUCACUGGGGAAGAGUUCUUGUCCCAGUUGGACUACUUUUCCAAGGCCUGGUUACCCGCCCGAGACAUCGUCAAGACCGCCUUGGAGAAGCGAACAGAGGUUCACCCCAGCGGUGCCAUUGUCGUGUUCCAAAAGGCCGUCCCUUGGAAAGACCACCUUUUCAACCUCGAGCCCAUCCUCCCCAAGACCCCCUCUCAAAUCCUCUACAUCCUCUUCCCCGAAUCCGACGCCCCUGGAGCCAAGUGGCGUAUCCAAUGCGUUCCCCAGUCGCCCGACUCUUUCGUGAACCGAAAAUCGAUGCCCGAGCCUUGGUGUGGCAUGAGGGAUGAGGUUCUGUCGGAGGUCUCUGGUAUCCCUGGGGGUGUGUUUGUGCAUGCGAGUGGUUUCAUUGGGGGUAAUGCCACCUAUGAGGGUGUGGUGGCCAUGGCUACCAAGUCUCUUGAGGCUUGA